AUGCGGCCACUGACGGAGCUGGUGCGCCACAUGGAGCCGGCGCACUACGACCGCCGCCUGCUGCUGCCCGACGACGCCGACGUCGACGCCGAGUACAGCCUGCAGCGCGAGGUGCGCCUCGACGUCACCACGCACGGCAGGACGUACCGUCUGCGGCUGCGGCCCGAGCAGGGCCUGUUCGCCGAGGGUGCCGUGUUCGAGUCCAGCCGCGGGCCCGUCCACUUCGACGUCCGCAGGGUGCUGUCCGGCACGCUCGAGGGUGACGAGUCUGCGGUGGUGAGGGGCGUCGCGACGGCGGACGGCCUGUUCGACGGCCACGUGUGGACGCCGGCGGACGGCGACGACGUGCUGUACAUCGAGCCCGCGUCGCGCUACCUGCUGCCGGCGGCGGCGUCGGCCGAGGCGUCGCAGACGUCGACGCCGCACCACUCGGUGGCGCACCGCGGCUCGGCCGUGCGCGGCGUGCGCACGCCGCAGCCCUGCGCAUCCCACCUGCUGCACCAGCGGCGCCUGCGGGAGCGCCACGCCCACCACCCCCACCAGGAGGAGAACGACGUCGGCAGCGGGAGCGCUGCACAGCACGGCCCCGGCUGCUCCACGGGGACUUCCGGACCGGCGUCUCCUCCAGUGCGGCCGCACCCCCAGCCUGCCAGAGUUCCACCCCCAGCGGCGGCCUACGACGCGGGAAGCGAGGCUGGCGACCGCCUCUCUCCGUCCACCCUGCAAGUGGCGAACGCCACCGCCGACGAUUCCGCAGCCGGGUCCGGCCACCGCCCCCGCCGCCGCCGCAGGCGCUGGCUGCCCGACCUGGAGCUGGACCUGACGCCGACCGUGCCGGAGGACCGCGACUCGCGGCCCGCCCGCCGGAGGAUCGUGACGUCGGCCUCCGCGGCCGCCUCCACCGCCGUCGACCCCCGCAAGACCACCUGCAUGCUCUACCUGCAGGCCGACCACCUCUUCUUCCAGAAGUACGGCACCGAGGAGGCCUGCAUAGAGGUCAUGACGCGCCACGUCCAGAGGGUCAACGACAUCUACCGCAUCACCGAUUUUGACCAGGAUGGAAAACCAGAUAACAUUAGCUUUAUGAUUAAGAGAAUAAAGGUGCAUACUUUAGAUGCCUUAAAGGAUCCAACCUAUCGGUUCCCGUUAAAUUACGGAGUUGAGAAGUUCCUGGAGCUUUUUUCUGAGGAGGACUACGAUGCCUUCUGCCUGGCCUACAUGUUCACCUACCGAGACUUUGAGAUGGGCACCUUGGGCCUGGCGUGGACAGGUGACCUCAAGAACGCUGGAGGAGUCUGCGAGAAAAAUGGACACUAUCGAGGAAGCAUGAAGAGUCUCAACACGGGGAUAGUGACACUGCUCAACUACGGCAAACACGUACCACCAGCUGUUUCGCACGUCACCCUUGCUCACGAGAUUGGACACAACUUUGGUUCUCCGCACGAUCCAGACUCGUGUACUCCCGGAGGCGAGGAUGGCAACUACAUAAUGUUCGCGAGGGCAACUUCAGGUGACAAGAAGAACAACAACAAGUUCUCACCCUGCAGCAUCAGCAGCAUCAACCCUGUGCUCAACACCAAGGCCCGCAGCCCCAAGGGCUGCUUCACAGAGCCGCAGAAGUCGCUGUGUGGCAACGGCGUGGUGGAGCCGGGCGAGCAGUGCGACUGCGGCUGGGGCGAGGACUGCCGCGACCCAUGCUGCUACCCACAGACGAGCAUACCGCGUGAGGAUGCGCCGCCCUGCAGGCUCACCCCGCGCAGCGCCUGCAGCCCCUCGCAGGGUCCGUGCUGCACGACCGACUGCCAGAUCAAGUUCGGAGACAAGUGCCGAGACGACAACGGCUGCCGGGACGCGAGCUUCUGCAGCGGUCGCAAUGCCAUGUGCCCGCCAUCCCUCAACAAACCCAACAAGACUGUCUGCAAUGAGGAAUUUGUGUGCUUCAUGGGGGAAUGCACGGGCUCCAUAUGCCUCGCCUACGGACUGGAGUCGUGCCAGUGCACACCCGGGCCCAAUGACAAGAAGACGAAGGCUUGUGAGUUGUGCUGCAAGCAGCCGGGUGAGAACCAGCCCUGUCUGUCGUCAUUUGAAUGGAACCAGUAUCCGUACGAUGUACCUGACAUGUAUGCAAAAGCGGGAACACCGUGCAACGAUUACAACGGUUACUGCGACGUCUUCCAGAAAUGUCGCGAGGUCGACCCGUCAGGACCUCUAGCGACACUUCGCAAACUGCUCCUUUCGGACGAGAGCAUUGCCUCGUUCAAGAAAUGGGUCGUGCAGUACUGGUAUGCUGUGCUCUUCAUUGCAGUUGGAGUCAUUCUCCUCAUGGUACUGACCGCGAAGCUGCUCGGGAAGCGGCCGGGCGCGAAGAAGCUGAAGCAGGUGACGAUCGUCCACAGCUCGACGACGGAGACAGUGCGGCUGCCGGCGGAGGGCGGAGACGGGGCUCUGGCCACGGUGCAGCACCCCACCGUCGUCCGGCCUAAGCUGCCGCUCAAACGGCGGGUGCGCGAGGGCGCCGCCAGUGCCACAGGGGCAGUAACAAGAAUACACAGGAAAAAAACGACACACCACGCACUCAAGAGCAAGCGACGAAGGAAGAAAGUAGCCGCUUCAGAUGAGCAGAAAGUAGACAAGAAACUGGGAGCUGUAGAAAAAAGGGCAGACAAAAACUUGGGAGCAGAGGGGAAGAGACCGCCCAUCCCAAAGAGGAAGACUGCACCAGGGCAAGAGAAAAAGAAUAUAACGGCGAAGAAACCCACAGCAGCUGACAACGACGGGUAUGCUCCGCUCGAAAAUGUAGCGAAGGUGGAGGAGGUGACGGCGGCAGAAAUCCCCCCAGUACAGAAGACGGCAGACUGCCAACGACGACAGUGUGCAGCAGUAACGACAGAAAAAUGUCCGGGAACUGUUACGGACAACUCGCAGGUAGGAGGAGGCGUUUCCGGCUCCGUUCCACCGGCGGCGGGUGUGACCGACAGCAGGUCACAUCCAGUAGCCACCGAGAAACCUUCACCGGAGAAGCGCCCGAAGCUAGAGAAACAGAUGUCCGAAGUGACUGACAGGUCUGCAGUGCUGAGCAGGGAUAAGAGGCGCUCCCUGCAAUAUGUUCCUAGGAGUAAGAAGAGCCAGACGUGUCACCAGUUGUCGGCAGAGGCCACCUCGACUGCAGAAUGUCAGGAGGGCAAAGAUUCCAAACGACAGUCUCCGGAGCACCCGCCACCGGCGACCGCAACUCGACCGGGAGUGGGAGACGACCUACUGCCGCAGGUGGGUGUGUCUGGAAAAUUGCAGGCGGCCGAAAAGCGAAGUGCGAGGGACCCUGAGAGGCAGGUUCCAGACUGCUCGAGUUUGGCAGCAGCGGUGGGCGUCCCACCCGGUCCGAGUGCCGGCGGAAAGAGACACACGCUGGGCCGACCGCUCAGCGUCGACAGCGACAGGAAGGAAGUGCGGUCGUCGGCAGUGUCCGCAUCCCAGAAGACGCCGGAGCUCGCGACGUUCACCAGGCGGAAUACACUCGGUAACAUCCUGACAGCCGCGGCCGAGAAAUCGUCGCUGCCUGUCGUGGAGAAGAGGCCAGCUGUGGAGAACCCUCCGGUGGUGGCCAUCAUCCCGGACAGGCAGAGAGCCGCAGGAGACAGGAAGCGACCCCCGUCACCGUCUGACAGACGGAGAGGCCAGGACACUAAGAGGGGCAGUGCGGAGAGGAAGGGCGCCCACAGGACGCGGCACAAGGCAGAGGUCAUCGACUACAGUGCCGACGCUACUCCGCCGACUGCCGCUCCCGCAGCUACCGCCGUACCGGAGAGUGAUCCGGUGAGCAAAGUCCAGAACUGGCUGAUGUCGACGGAGCAGCCGGUACCGCGGUCACGCUCCACACCUGCCGGCCUGACAGAAAAGGCAGCUGGUGUCAGCAGGUCGGGCAGUGGGGGUGACCUGAAACCAGCCGGCGGCAGGAAGGCGCAGCUGCAGUUGCUGUAUGGUGGACCUUUCAAGUUCAAGCUCAAGUUCAAAAAGCCUGCUGCCGCGUCGACAUCUGCUCCAGCAGCGAGAGCUGGAGUCGGGCGGUCGGCGGUGCCGGGUAGGCGCGGGAAGGCUGGCCGGGCGCGGCCCCCGGCCGUCUCCCCUGAACUGGCACUCGCCGCCGAGGACGUUGACUCCAACCUGCACACCGUCCCGUCCGACCUCGAAGUCCUGCUUUCCGAGAGCGAGUUCCUCUUCUCCGAAGACGGGGACGGGGCGUGACGACUGCCCGUGACACGCGCCCACCACUGUUGGACGGUGCCGGGAGUGUGCACCUCCUGUUCUAAAUAUAUGUUGCUGUACGUCUGAGAGAUGGGCCGGGAUUAUUAUCUUGUCAGCUGCUAAAGAUGUGCUUCGGACAUGUCCAGGAAGCCUAUAAAUAAUUGUGAUCGAUACCGUGUUUAGUAGUUCGGGGAAAUUUUCAGUUCUAUACAGAGUAGUGCGUGCCGAGCAGUUCACGAGGAAGUUAUGUACAUAGAUUGCUUCCCUUUAAAAUAAAAAUUGGUUUUUAUUUCUAUUUUUGGAAGGUAUUUCAUACAUUGCUAUGAGGGAUGAAAGGAUAACACUGAAUGGCUUGGAAAGUUUACCAGUUGCCAGUGUUAGAAAAUGAGUCUCAUUUCUGGUCAGAUUCACUGCUAAUGAUGAGUACUGUGGAGUCUUCCUCAAAUCCAGUUUCUUGUCCAAGAUUGUUUCACGAACCUGUUUUAAUUGUUUGUAUGGAAAAGCCAAAACUAUUCUCUCAUUCCGCAAACAGUGCCAGAUUUCUUCCUAGGUGUGUCUAGUAGACACGGAAAAUAAUGUGAAUUGGCCACAAGACAAUUCUCUAGCUGGCCGUAACUGUCGGUUGUGCGAGCUGCCCAAUGCUCGAUUCCUGAAGAAAGUGAUCUGGUGUUUGUGUUCUCAGCUCAAUUUAUAAACUCUACAGCCUUGUUUGUCAAUCACACCAAAGCUUCUAUCAGCAGCUGUCCUAUUGUAUGUAUGUUCUUGACUGCGCAAGUUCACGUUGCAAAGAAGCCUUUCCAUUUCCAAACUUUUGUAUGACAAUACAUUGUUUACCAACAUACAUUUCCACUGAAUGAAAUCACUCAUUUUCCUGUGUGUGUGUGUGUGUGUGUGUGUGUGUGUGUGUGCGCGUGUGCGUGUGGGGGCGGGCACGUGUUUGUUUGUUUUGAACCAAUAAUAACACAAAGGCUACCAUUUUAUCCUUUACUUCGUAUGAGGAAAGCCAUGACUAUCAAAUGUUACAUCUUUUUAAUUGGGAGCUCAGUAAUUUGGAUUACAAAUUCUAAAUUAUUCAACGGACAUUUCAGGCCAGAAAAGCCACUGGUAUGAACAGCUUCACAUGCAGUUAGUCAGACACGAUUUUCAACCCCUGACUGUUUGCACAAGUUAUACUUAUUGAGGAUGCCAUCUCUCACAAAAUGGAGGCUGAAGAAAGAAUUCCACUAUUCAGCCAUGUGCACUGCCAUAAAAAAGUGAAAAUGCACAAAUGGUGCAUGUUGUUUACCCUACCCCAGUUUAUGGAAACUACGCAUUUUAUUAACUUCACGAUUAGUGUGGCACUUCUGAGAAACUAUUAGAACAGAUCGAAUCAAGCAGAAACAGUGAAUACCAGGUUUAUCUUCAUUGUAGAGAUGCAACCGUACUCUGCAGACCUCUGUGAAAUGCAUGGCAGAGGGUAAUUUUCGAAGUGCCACCUUAUUUAGUUUCUUCCCGCUCCAUUUGUCUGUGGGGCACCAGUAUAAUGACUGGGUAAAUGUCAAGGUGGACGUCUGUUGUAGCCUCAGGGAAAUUUAAUACCACUUAUUUUUUAAUCUGUUUCUCUUGGCUUCUAACAUGCAACUGGCUCAGAAUGUUUCACAAACCCACAAGCAAGUUCUCUCUCUCUCUCUCUCUCUCUCUCUCUCUCUCUCUCUCUCUCUCUGUCUCUGAUAUACCAUGUGUUUCUCCAAUGGGUUGUCAGGUGCAUUUUCUGUGGUGUUUCGGCACGUAGCUGGAGUCAGCCCAAACAAAUCCUGCUCAUCAUGUCUUUCAUACAACACCCAGCAUCAACAGAAGAUGUCAGCUUGUUUCCCAAUACAAACAAAAUUAUUAAUUCGGAAUUUUACGUGCCUAUUCGAUAGAGUGGCCCAAAUUGGUCUAGUGUGUUAUUUCUUUUAUUGAUAGGUAUUAAUAAGAACAGUAGAACACAAAGAAUAUCCAGUACUCCAGUAGCGACUGAGGACCGCUGCUGCACAGCAGUAGCAGUCACAGCAGGCCAGGAUGGAGUACUGAUUAUUCUUCUGUUUUAUGUCCCUAUUAAUACAUGACAAUAAAACAAAUGUUGCACUAGAUAAACCCCGGACCAUUCUGUCGAAUGAGAACAUAAAAUUACACUUAAAAAAUAAUUUUUUUUUGUAACGGGAAACAACUUCCAUUGAUGUUCGGCAUCGCAUGAAAGAUGUGAUGAUCAGUAUUUGUUUGGGCCGAUUGCAGUUACAUGUUGCAGAAACAAAACUGCAAUUGUCUGCUAAAACAUCAGAGAAAAUGCACCUGAUCCAUUGUCAUCCCCCAUAGGCUCUGCAGGAAAGCAGGUGGAUGUGCAGGACGGAAGCAGACAGAAAUUUAGAGAGAUCACUACUGGAUUCCACUUCACAUUUCUCCCUGGCUGGUAUUUCAUUUCACAUCUACCUUUCUUGUCUCAUGCCUCACUACCUCCCUCCACUGCUGAUGGACAUCUACCUUUCUUGUCUCAUGCCUCACUACCUCCCUCCACUGCUGAUGGAGCUGAACUUGUCUUCAUAUUGCUGUUUUCAUCCUCCACAGCUGCUUAAAGUGUAUAGAUGACAGGGCUGUGUGAAAUACAGGAUGUUAAAAAAAAAGUAUGCCAUAUUUUGAGUGGACAAAAACAAAAAAAGUUUAGUAAACAUGUAGUCUUAAAUGCAUACCUUAAGAGCUAAAAGAACUUGUUCUUCUUUGCUGCUGUGAUAUGAAUCUCUUCUACUGAAAGCUUUGUUUUUCAUUACGAAUGAUCUACACAAUGCAGUAAACAAAUUAGUAACAGCAGAGCUUCUAAUGUAACCUGCUUCCUAUUACAUAUGACGUGCACCAGUGAACCAUAGCAGAAUAUCAUGUCUGCCGUUUUCCACGUGUGAUGAUAGGCUUCCAUUAUGCUGGUAUGUUCAAAAAUAAAAUUACCGUGUAAAACCAUUUCACAAACUGCUCACAUUAAAGCUAAUGUACGUGCUGCACUCACCCAGAACUGUGAAUAGUUUACAGUAACAACAUUAACAGAUGUUUACUGCAUGCUGUAUCUAUGGACAGUAACAGAAAAAUGUGUUCUCAUUUAUCUACAGAAUUGUGUAGGUCCUCUGUAAUAGCAAAGAGCUUGGAGCAGUGGAGAUACAUUUCAUAGUAGUGAAGAUGAACAACUGUUCAUAGCUCUUAAGGUAUGCAUUUUAGAGCUCAUAUUUGCAAUACAUUUUAGUCUUGUUUUUGUCCAUACUACCACCACUCAAGAUAUGGAAUCCUUUUACUUUAACACACUGUCUAUAAUGCUGUACACAUUUUCACAGAAAUUCCCUUUAUUGAGAUUACUUCUACCUUUUUGACUGACGUGCAGGUUUUUUUCCUUUUUUUUUUUUUUUUUUUUUUUCUUCAGGACUCAUCUUAUUUUAAAAUUAACAUUCUUUCUCUCAAAACUGAGGAAGUUUCGGUGAGAACUGAUUUGUCUACUAGUGGCUUAACACAACUUUCUCAUACCUUCCAAUGUGCCAAAAAUGGGAGAAUAUCUUUCCCUGCAAAAAAAAAAAAAACAACUGAAUUUGCUGUCUUUGUAAAGAACUAAAUAAUGGAGUAAAACUUUUGUACAGAUAAGCUUUACAAAAUAGCGAUAACUGUUUCCUGAAUGUUAACUACCAAGUCGAGUGUAUAUAAUAUUAAUGUAUGAACUGUUCCCCAAAAGGUAGCAUUUCAUUUAUACACAGUAUGCACUGUGUGUCUGUGAUAUAUUGGCAUUAUUGUUAGCUUGACUUCUUACGGAACAUAGCUGUUUGUUAUGUGUUUCGAUAACUUGUUUUGAAAGUGCUUUUGUUUGCUUCAAUUGGUGCUCUUGCUGGGUUAUGGUGUCUGUGACUGUGUUAUAUGUGGUCUUCCAUAACUGGACACUUACGUGUAUUUAAUAAGUGCUGUAAAUGUUUCACAGAAGGCAGCUAUUUAUGACUGGAAAUUGUGAUGCUAAUUCCUUGCAUAUAGAUGAAUGUAACUUCUGUAUGAACAAAAAUGUUAAAGUAUAUUCUUUAUAUAUGAAAAUACUAAAUUUAUAUUAAAUCUGUUUCCUGUAGUUUAAUUUUUAUUUAAGUUUAAUAUUUAUUAACUAGGUGACAGGUGGUUAAUGUCUUUGUUGUGAUACUUCAUAUACCAAACUUAAGUGAUUCUCUAAUUGCUCAGAAGCAGUCAUUACAUUAAUCCAACAAACUUUUCCUUUCAUAUUUUUUGAAUUCAAGCAGAGGUUUCAGUUACUUUGAAGAAAAUUGUGAAAUUUCAAGUGUAAAGAAACCAUUAAGAGUUGGCAGUGAAAUAUGUUAUUGCUAAAUUGUAGCUGAUUAGCUCAUUGCUCUUUGUCUUGUAUGUUUCCGGCCUUUGUUUUCACAUUGUCUGUGGAAAGUGUUUCUGGACUGAUUGAUAAAGAAUUAAUUUAACAACAUUCCAUAAUAUAGUAUUAUUAUUAUUAUUUUAAUAUAUUACGAAGUAAGAAUCUGCAAUGAAGAUGGUGUUUUAUUUGCAUUUAAUGCUCAUUUUGUAAAAUAUUUAUUUUAAUCAUCUAUUAGAAAAAGUGUUUUAGCAACUUAUUACAAAGCUAUUGCUUCUAUAUGACAAAAAGAUCAGAUUUUUAGCUUGUGCUACUGUUUACAGUAUUUCACUAUUGCUACAGGUUUUACUGACAAUUGUGUUUGCAAUGCUCUUCCACAUUACACAUUGUAUGACAAAUAACAAAGCAGCAAUGCUCCUUCAUAACCACUGCAAAUUACAAUAAAAACGUUAACCCUUAAUGAAGUUCAUCUUGCUUGCUAUACUGAACUGUUCAACAAAAAGGAAGCCAAACAGUUGCAAAUAAGUGAGACAGAAAUAUGAACACUCUAUAGCACCCUUCAGUGCAUUUCUUGUAUACAUACUCUGUAACAAAAACGUAUAAGUUGUUAAAGACUGCCAAUGGAGAACAAAAUUUUUUUUUCUUUUUUUUCCAUCUAGUUCCACAAUGCUGCAGCAUUUGCUAUGUGUGUCAUUACUUCCUAGAGUGAGUGCUGGAAUAAUGCUUAAGAAAAAGUGUCAAAACAAAGCUGUAGUAGUGGAUCAUUUUUAUGCAAUACCUGGCACACGGAGAGUGUAGAAGACGGAGAGACACUCGCAACUACAAUCCUGCCAAAGCUGUGUGAGCCUUCUUUGUAUUUAUUGUGAGGAGUCGCCAGCUGUCCCUUUGAUGGCAUUUUUUCUACCUUAUUUUGCUAGCAACGGAAAAAAUUCUAAUGUUUGCCUUCUCUCUUCUAUUUUGUGGUCACAGAACUGUCUUGAAAAGAGAGAAAAAAUCCAAUUUGUAAUUUUUGUUGAACAGAUAUUGUUGUACUUGGAAAAAUGUGCUUUUUUGAUUGCAUUGCAAUAAAUAUGUACAAUAUUUUCAAAGUUUCUGAUA